AUGUUCCCUGCUAUUGAUGAGCUACCUGACAUUAUUUGGGCCUUCUCUCUAAAGGGAUGGACUGAUAAUGAGCUUGGUAUUGAUUGGCUAAGGCGGAUAUUUAUUCCACAGAGGCCUAUAGGCAAGCAUUCUAUUCUGAUUCUUGAUGGCCAUGACAGUCAUUCUACAGGCCUAUUUCAGUAUCUCUGCCUUCAAAACGACAUCCAUCCACUCUAUCUACCAGCUCAUGCCUCUCAUAAGCUUCAACCACUCGAUUUAGGACCCUUUUCGCCUCUCAAAGCAGCAUAUGGCCAAUUAGUACAAAGAUUUGCACUAACAGGCCUUGCAACACUCAACCGCAGAGUAUUUACCAAGCUCUAUAUUGAAGCACGUCAAACUACAUUUACUGAGCGAAAUAUUCGUGCUGGAUGGCAUCAUACAGGAAUUUGGCCUCUAAAUAAGCAAAAACUACUCAAUGACCCUGAAAUUCGAAAUUUUGGACGUACUACGCCUGAGUAUCAACCCCCAGCUACGUCAGAUGGUCUCUAUAGCACUCCAAAGCAGAGUGACAAUUUACGCGCACUAAUUCGUCAAAUUGAGGCCAAAACAACGCCUCAAACAAGACGCGCUGUACGAAAGCUUGGCCACAGCGCUAUUCAAGAGCAUACUGGCGCUCAAUUGCUUCGAACGCAGCUCCGAGAGCUACGUCAAUUGGCUUUGAAGCAAGAGCUUACCAAACGCUCAAAAAGGAUACAAAAAGAGACAAAGCAGCGGUCGUGGAAUCUCGAACAGGUCAGGGCUGCUCUAGCGCCUAAAAAGGUCCAUUUCGUACGCAAGGAGGGCGGCGAAAAGCGAAUUCUGCGUACUGUUACAUUAGAAUAG